AUGUCUGCUACCAUUGAUACCACUGAAAAGCUCGCCAAGAUGUCCGUCAAGGAUGAAGUUAUUGCCAAGCCUUACAACAAGUAUGACGAAGAAGAGGAAAUCCUAAAGGAAAACCCACGACGCUUUUGCUUAUUCCCAAUCAAGUACCAUGAGAUUUGGCAAUUCUACAAAAAGGCUGAGGCUUCAUUCUGGACUGCCGAAGAGAUUGACCUUUCCAAGGACCAAAAUGACUGGGAGAACAAAAUGACCAAGGAUGAACGCUUCUUUAUCUCUCGUGUGCUUGCCUUUUUUGCCAGCUCGGAUGGUAUUGUCAAUGAGAACUUGGUGGAGCGUUUCUGCAACGAAGUCCAAAUUGCCGAAGCAAAGUGCUUUUAUGGAUUCCAGAUCAUGAUUGAAAACAUCCACUCUGAGACCUACAGUCUUUUGAUCGACACCUAUAUCAAGGAUUCUCAAGAAAAGGAAAUGCUCUUUGACGCGAUUGAGACAAUUCCCUGCAUCAAAAAGAAAGCUGACUGGGCCUUCAAGUGGAUCUCAUCCAAUGGCUCCUUUGCCGAACGUCUUGUUGCUUUUGCUGCUGUUGAAGGCAUCUUCUUUUCCGGCUCUUUUGCUUCCAUCUUUUGGCUAAAGAAACGUGGUCUCAUGCCAGGCUUGACUUUUAGCAACGAACUCAUCUCCCGUGAUGAAGGCCUUCACACUGAUUUUGCUUGCUUGCUCUUCUCCCACUUGCGUAAACAACCCUCCCAUGAACGCAUCCGUGGUAUCAUUGUCGAAGCCGUCGCCAUUGAACAAGAAUUCUUGACCGAUGCUCUCCCUGUUUCCCUCAUUGGUAUGAACGCCAAGCUCAUGUGCCAAUACAUUGAAUUCGUCGCCGAUCGCUUGCUCGUCGCUUUGGGUCUCCCCAAACACUACCACUCUACCAACCCAUUCGACUUUAUGGACAUGAUCUCCCUUCAAGGCAAAACCAACUUUUUCGAAAAACGUGUCUCCGAUUACCAACGCGCUGGUGUCAUGACCAAGGCUCCCGCCGAAAAGGAAUUCACCUUGGAUGCCGACUUUUAA